UCCGGGAUAUUGCCAUUCACGCCAUUCGUUAAAUAUUCCUUAAAUAUCGACAAAUGGCCUAGCAUAAAACAACCUAUUUUUUUAUGUGAAAUUAAUAGCUGUAGGGUGUACUCUUAAUGAUUGCUUUUGUUUGUCCAAGGAAUCUACUUCCGGUGUUACAGUGUUAUUGGUCCUCCGUGCAGCCAUUGCACGCUUGCUGUAUGAAGCGUUUCCCACUGUAACGUGUUCUGAACUCGCCAAAAUGCAUUUAUCUCAUGAACUGGAACUUUUCCCUGACCUCAAUGUGACCCAGAUACUUUUCAAAGAUGUCAAAAAUGCCACCGAGCUGAGACAAAAUGCAGUGGACGGGACAAUAACCGGUGCCCUGAUCAACCCCACGAUGCUGGUGAGUCCCUUCCAAGUGUUAGUGGCCGCAAAUAAGGCAGUCCACUUAAACAAAACUGGUAAAAUGAAGACAAGAAGCUUGUUUUCAGAGAUCAUCUUCAACCUGUCACCUACUAACAAUAUCUCAGAGGCCUUCAGGAGGUUCGGGAUUUCAGAUGGUGACGACUCCGUCCUAGUGGUCUUGGUCCACAACAAAGAGGAAUCCCAACUUGUGACAGACAUCACAGCCAAAGUGGAUGGACAGCAGGUUCCGCUGGAUGACUUGUCCUCCCUCUCAGACCAUGCAAAGAUUAAAAAGCUGUACAAAAUCACACCCCAGGAGGAGAAGUGUGGGACUCUUCUGGAUGCAGUCGUAUGCAGAAUGGCCACCAAGGAUGUCAUGUAGCUGCUAUAUUAAUCUUUACAUAUGGUCUAUUGUUAUAUAUAUCCUUUUCAAGCGACAUACUAAAUCUCUUCUUACAAAAAAAGCAAAAACUGAAUUAAAAAGAAAAGUUUUAUUUAA